CACCGGUUAGCUAGCUCAAGUCCCUAUAAAUAUGCGCCGUGUCUUGUCUCAUGAACCAUAUCACUCUACUAGCUAAGCAAAACCAAUAUAUAGUUGCCACACCUCCGAUCCUCCAUUGUCAUCUGAUCUCAUUUUCUCAACAUUCAAAGAUAUUCAUAAUAAUGGGCGUUUUCACUUUCUCCGAAGAGAAUAUCUCUGCUGUUGCCCCUGCCACACUCUACAAGGCUCUGGUCUUUGAUGGCGACAACCUCGUCCCUAAGGUCGUUGAUGCCGUCCAGAGCAUUGAGAUCCUCCAAGGAACUGGUGCCGCUGGAACCAUCAGAAGGAUCAACUACCUCGAAGAUGGAAAAUUGCACUACGCGAAGCACAAGGUGGAGGCAGUAGACAAGGACAACUUUGUAUACAACUACGCCUUGGUGGAGAGCGACAUAUUCCCUGAGACUUUGGAGAAGAUCGCCGUCGAGACCAAGUUGGCGGCCGCCCCUAACGGCGGAUCCGUCGUGAAGGUGACCGUCAACUACGUGACGAAAGGAGACGCCAAGCCCAGCGAAGAGGAGCUGAAGAUUGGGAAGCAGAAGGGAGAUGGACUCUUCAAGGCCGUUGAGGCUUACGUCUUGGCCAAUCCCUCCUACAAACUGAAUUAUAUGUAG